ACUUGCUUUUUAAAAUCCCUCUUUCUUCAGUCUUCUCACUUUGUCAAACAAACCAAACCCUCGUAUUCUUCUCUCACACUUAAGCCACCAUGUCUUCCUUCAAGAGCAAAUACCAAGAUGAACUCAUUGCCAAUGCUGCUUACAUUGGCAGCCCAGGGAAGGGUAUCCUUGCUGCUGAUGAGUCAACCGGGACAAUUGGCAAGCGUUUGGCUAGCAUUAAUGUUGAGAAUGUUGAAGCAAAUAGGCGUGCUCUUCGUGAACUUCUAUUCACCACACCUGGUGCUUUUAAGUGCCUCAGUGGUGUGAUCUUGUUUGAGGAAACCCUAUAUCAAAGCACGGCUGCAGGAAAACCCUUCGUAGAGUUGUUGAAGGAAGGUGGAGUUCUUCCUGGUAUCAAGGUUGACAAGGGUACUGUAGAUCUUGCUGGAACUAAUGGGGAAACCACUACUCAAGGUUUGGAUGGCCUUGGCCAGCGUUGCCUGAAGUACUAUGAAGCCGGUGCCCGAUUUGCUAAAUGGCGUGCUGUGCUCAAGAUCGGCCCAAAUGAACCAUCUGAGCUGGCUAUCCACGAAAAUGCCUACGGUCUAGCUCGUUAUGCUGUCAUAUGCCAGGAGAAUGGCCUGGUUCCUAUCGUGGAGCCAGAGAUCCUGGUGGAUGGAUCACAUGACAUUAACAAAUGUGCUGAGGUGACUGAGCGUGUUCUUGCUGCAUGCUACAAAGCUUUAAAUGAUCAUCAUGUUCUGCUUGAGGGUACUUUGUUGAAGCCCAACAUGGUGACCCCCGGUUCACAGUCUCCAAAGGUUGCCCCGGAGGUGAUUGCUGAAUACACAGUUAGAGCUUUGCAGCGAACUGUUCCUGCUGCCGUUCCUGCCAUAGUCUUCUUGUCUGGUGGGCAGAGUGAGGAGGAAGCAACCCUCAACCUCAAUGCCAUGAACAAGUUCCAAGGAAAGAAGCCAUGGUCUCUUUCUUUCUCUUUUGGAAGGGCUCUUCAGCAGAGUACUCUUAAGGCAUGGGCUGGCAAGGAAGAAAACAUCAAGAACGCCCAGGACGCAUUCAUCACUAGGUGCACGGCGAACUCACAAGCAACCCUUGGAACCUACAAAGGUGAUGCAACCCUUGCUGAGGGUGCCUCUGAGUCUCUCCAUGUCAAGGACUACAAAUACUAAGCAACGAGGUGUUUGCUUCAUUUUGAGAGACUUUUUGAACAUUUGGCACCAACAUUUUCAUGUUCUUUCAUAGAGUUAGACUCGACUGUUUUGCUUUCUGUUCUUUCAUAGGGUUAAUAGGAGUAUUAUGGAUUAAGGAAUAAGAGCAUCAAGCUAAAUUGGCUUGGUUUUGUUGCCCCCGCCGUGUUAUUGUUUUGUUUUCUCUGAUUGAGUUUUGCUGUAUUAUGGAGUGGUGUCAUUCCAUGUUUCAAUGCAAUUUGUAUGUUAAAAAGCAUUUUGCUGGGCAGCAUAGGCGUUGGUUAAGAGCUUUACCUUCGCAAUUAUCCGUUUCGAAUUUCAAUUGUUUUUCGAUGGAGUAAAAUUAUGGUUUUGUAG